ACCCUCUCGCUCCGUCCUGUCCUCUGCCACACUGGGACGAAGCGGAAGAGAGAAUCAUCUCCUCGGUCAGUUGUUGUCUGUUACUGAUUCAGAGGGUCUGUUGACUGUGUUUACAUCCGAUCCCCGGAGCUAAAAACAACCCAGGACGGACAGAAACACCCGGGGGAAUGGAGUCUCACAGCAGAGACGAACCAAAGGGACCUGUGCUGCACAUUGUGGUGGUGGGAUUUCACCACAAGAAGGGCUGUCAGGUUGAGUUCGCCUACCCGCCGCUGAUGCCAGAUGAGGGUCACGACAGUAACCUGCUGCCAGAGGAGUGGAAGUACCUCCCUUUCCUGGCGCUUCCUGACGGGGCGCACAACUACCAGGAAGACACUGUGUUUUUUCAUCUGCCGCCCUUGAAUGAAGACAUGAAGUGUGUCUACGGAGUUUCAUGUUAUCGCCAAAUAGAAGCAAAGGCCCUGAAGGUCCGACUGGCUGACGUCACCAGGGAGACGGUUCAGAAGAGCGUCUGCGUCCUCAGUCGAGUGCCUCUCUUCGGUCUGCUUCAAGCUAAACUACAGCUCAUCACGCACGCCUACUUCGAGGAGAAAGACUUUUCACAGAUCUCUAUCUUAAAGGAGCUGUACGACCACAUGAACGGCUCUCUGAGGGGCUCGGCUCUGGAGGGAUCACAGGUUUAUCUAGGCUUAUCACCAAGAGAUUUAAUACUGCACUUUCGACACAAGGUUCUCAUCCUCUUCAAGCUUAUUCUGCUGGAGAAGAAGGUCCUGUUCUAUGUGUCUCCUGUCAACAGACUAGUAGGAGCUCUGAUGACAGUUUUAUCACUGUUUCCAGGUAUGAUCGAGCACGGCCUGGUGGACUCGUCCCACUACAGGCCAAAGAGCAGCGUGUCGGAGGACCUGACUCUGGUGGAGAGCGUCUCCGGAGCCGAGGAGUUCGUCUCUGUGUCCGUCACCGACAUCGCCAGCACCGAGCUGGAGGAGACCGGCCAGCCCGCCGCGGAGUCUCUGUCCUUCGGGAACAGCACGGAGGGGGACAACAACCACCUCCUCAAACCGCCGUCACGCACCUCCCCGGAGUCCUCGGAGAGCGACUGGGAGACUCUGGACCCCAGCGUGUUGGAGGAAAGUCCCAAAGAGGCAGCCGAGGGGAAGGAGACGACGGAGCUCCUGGACGCCUUCGACUCCAAGCCGGGGACGCCCAUCACUGUGCAGCCGCAGUCCGCCAGCGGUCAGGGAGGGGUCACCCAGGGACUCGUGUCUGGUCUGGAGGAGGAUCAGUUCGGCCUGCCGCUACCCAUCUUCACUAAGGGUUACCUGUGUAUGCCCUACAUGGCUCUGCAGCAGCAUCACCUCCUGUCAGACGUGACGGUGCGCGGCUUCGUUGCUGGGGCAACCAACAUCCUCUUCCGCCAGCAGAGGCACCUCAGUGAUGCCGUCGUCGAGGUGGAAGACGCUUUGGUCCACAUCCAGGACCCCGAGCUGCGUAAGAUCCUGAGCUUGACGACGGCCGACCUGCGUUUCGCCGACUACCUGGUCAAACACGUGACGGAGAACCGCGACGAUGUCUUCCUGGACGGGACGGGCUGGGAGGGAGGAGACGAGUGGAUCAGAGCCCAGUUCACCCUCUACCUCCACUCAUUACUGUCCUCCGCAUUACAGGAAGACAACGAGAGGCUGCUGGCUGAUUACGGCGCGCCUUUCGUCGCAACCUGGAAGAUCACCCACAACUACCGGGUGUGGUACAGCAACAAGCACCCCGCCAUGGCCGCCAUCACCCCGGGACACCCGUUCCAGGGCCAGUACAGCGUUGCUGAUGUGAAACUACGACUCUCACACUCCAUGCAGAACAGCGAGAGAGGGAAGAAGAUCGGAAACGCCAUGAUGACCACCAGUCGCAGUGUGGUCCAGACGGGGAAGGCAGUGGGUCAGUCCGUGGGCGGAGCGUUGACCAGCGCCAAGUCGGCCAUGUCCUCCUGGUUCUCCACGCUGGCCCAGCCUCCAGCCGUAACCACCCCGGAGUAUCCAGAGCCCGCCACAGAGGUCCUACCCUGAAACCAAACGCACCAGUGCUAUGUCUCUGACUCUGUCCUCUGUCCUCUGUCCUCUGACCCUCUGGCUACUGUGAAGCCUGAAGGUCAGCGGACUGAGAGCUGCUUUUAUGAAGGAGAGAAAUGGAUCAAGUCUGAGCCAUCCUCAUGUUUAGUGACUCCGGGGCGGCGCGACGCCACUCCGGACAGGAAGGCAGCGCUUCCGUUAUAAUAACUGUACAGUCCAUAUCCACUGUGAGGCAGAGACUGCCAAGCGCUUUUGAUCAAAAACCCAGAAUUUUUCAGCAGGCUGCAUCAUGUCUGACCGCCUGUUUGUAUUGCUGGAUGCUUUUUUCCUGUGAGACACUACAGAUGCUGUCGUUGGGUUUGCGGUGUUCACUCUUUUGCUGCAUAUUUCUAGAAGUUUGUCUAUAUAUAGCCGACUAUUUUGCUGACAGAGAACUUAAAAAAAUUAAAAAACAAAUCGGUGUCACAGGAUUUGACAGAACAGCAUGAGCUGUGACACCUUGAAGAUUUUUAACGGUUUCGAUUUUAAAUUCAGUCUGGCUCAUGUUCAGUGAUUUAUCUGUAUGUAAUCACAUUAUGGUUGUUGUGGUGGUAACAGAAUUCACGUUUAGUGACUUAAGAACAGCUGAAACUAACAAUUAGUUUCAUUAUUGAUUAAUUUGUUGUAUAUUUUUUAGGAUUAUUAGUUUGAAAAUGUGGAAAAUAGUUAAAAUGUCCACCGAUAUUUCUGAUUUGACCGACAAAAAUAGUAAAAAAUAUAUCAAUAAAUAAUAUUGUUAGCUAAAUAAUUUAAAUAAAAGUGUAAACAGAGAUAUAAAGCUUCCUAUUUUUCCUUAAACCUCCAAUCAGUUGGUUAAAAAUAAAGCAGUAACAGCAGCUAAAGCAUUUCAUCCGGCAUGAAAAUGCUAACAAAGUCAGAUAGGUAAUGCUACUUUUAAGUUUUUUUAUUAAGAUUGUUGAACAUAAUGAGACAUUAAAUAAUACAUAUUUACAAAAAAUGUCCAUGCCUUAUUUCCAAUGCGGUCUUUAAUGAAGAGAAGUGAAAAGAUAAUACCAAAGAACUUAUAUUGACUCUUCGGUGAUACUACAAAACUAUGCUGUACAGUAUAUGUAUAAUUAACAUUAACUGGGUGAUGAAAUGUGAAGAGAGGAGAACAGAUCAUUUAUUAAAUAUGUGCCAAUAAUAAGAUCAAAACAAAUAGGAAAAUUAAGCAGUUAAAAGAUCAAAUUAGUUAAAUAUAUUAAUUUAUUUUAUCAACUGGUUGGAGGUAAAUUCUAUUCUUUACCAACUUAUCGUUGCGUUAAGGAAUAUUAUAAAGCUUUAUAUUUCUUUUUACACUAUAUUUUUUUGUAUUUAAUUAUUAGUAUUAAUCUAUUGAUAUAUUCAAUAAUAUUUUUCACUUGUCUGAUAACCUUUUAAUAAAUUAUGUCAGUUUUAAACUAAGCUUUAAAUUACUUGUAAUUAAAACCCCUAAAUUUUAAUUUUAAGAUGAAAACUUGAAAAUUAAAUAUUUAAUUGAUUAUUUGACGAACCAUUUCAGCUCAACUUUAUUACAUUUCCGGUUAAACAAGUUUCUCUUCACUCAAAUGCAGAGCCAACAUAAUUACAAAAUCUGAAUUCUGUUACUGCAAUAACCACAAUGUUAUUACAUAAAUCCUUUGUGUACCUAAAUGCCUGAUUUUGUGCCCUGAUAAACGUGAUGAAAACCUCCCUUAACUAUGAAGGAACCUGCACCCAGCUGUGUGUUAUUAACCCUCACCCAGGCCUUUUUAUACUAUAUAUAUAUUGGAAAAAAGUAUAUUUAGUAAAUCUGAGGAUAGUUUAAAGUCAGAUAACUUAUUUAUUUGUUUGUGUAUAAACUCAUAAAUAUCCAUGUUUUGUCAUGACAACACUGGAACAAGUCCUGUAUCUGUGGACCACUGUGUGUAUUUGCACAAAGCAGCCAUUAUAUAUUAUAUAUUUAUGUGAAUCUUUAUCUUGUAUAACUGUAAUCUUGAGGUGCUUACAGGAUCUUUUUUCCCUCCAUGCUUCAAACAUUCAACACCAGUUGGAUUAAAAGUGGUCCAGUGAGCAUGCUCUGUCCAGUCCAGUUUUACAGCUGUUACCGAGUGUCAUCCUUCUGUCUUUAAAACGAUCUGUUCUUCAUGCUUUUAAAACUUCUUUGAGUCAUUUCGGGAAUUUUCUUUUGAUUUCUGGAUUAAGUUUAAAAAGAUAUCAGCUGUUAAAAGCUGCUUUUUGCGUUUCUUUUUUUUAUCCUCUGAUGAUAUAUUUUGUAUUUAACAGAUACGAAUGUAUUGUGAAUUUAAAAUUCACAGAAUAUUUUCUUGACAGAUGCUUUUAAUGUAUUUGAGAAGAAGUGAUACUAUACUAUAUUGCUGUAUUAAAAAAAAAAAAUUAAAAUAC